CCCAGGAUGCACUUGCAAAUACCGUGGCCACUGGACGGGGGAAGGGAAGCUGAGAUUGGAGGGAGAAACAAUCAGAAACUGAGAUAUUGAGUACAUAUGACAGCCCCUUCUCAGGACUCUGGCCAUACAAGAACUCUAUCCAUGACCUACAUCUCACUGGACACCUGCAGCUCUUACUUUGGACAUGUGUUGCCAUUUCAUAUGAGGCUGAAGACAUAACACAGCUUCGGUGCAAGAAACCUAAUCUGCACCUGCACUAGUACCUCUCAGUGCAUACUGGAUUUCUCUUGAGUGCCAAAGUAAUGAAGAGUCUCGGACAGGGAGAGCCCAGCCCUGAAAAGCAAUGUCAUCAUCCAGCCUCUGUACACCUCUGAUAGGGCUGAGGAGUGAACCCACCAGCCAAGCAGAUCUGUGGGGAAGAGGAAGGAGGAAACUUGUGUAUUGAUGGAUAUCCAUUUCCUCCCAUCAGCUCUUGUAGACAGAUACCUGCACAUCCCUCUCUGUGUACACAUUCAAGGUUAGAAUUUGGAGUAGCUAAUCAAACCAGGCUCCCAUCAACAACACACAAUCACCGCUAUCACACAGAAGAUGAUGUGCACAACGUGGAUUUCUGUUGCCACUGACAGUUUUGUGAGAUCAUACUGAUGACUGUGGACGUUGAGUUCUCUGUGUGUAUGAGUAGAAAAUUAGAAAGGUUUAGAUACUUGCAGUCACUGCAAAGGUGCACUACAGAAACCAUGGUGGUCCUUGCAUCAGCUCCUCAGCGCAUCUCAGUCCAUGACUUCAGAAGUCUGUAGAGGCUACAAUCAGGAACACGCCCGCCAGCCAACACACUCGUAUGCAAUGGAAGAAGACAUUGAUGUCACAUCACAUACUGAGGGUCUGAAUGGUUUGUCCUGUGAAUGUAAACCAUUAGAGGAGAUCACCAAUGGACACUCCAAUCAUAAGCCUGUCAUGAAUGGACUGAUUAUUGGUCAUAAUGUCAAAGACCACACGAACGGCAGUGCACCACUCAGAUCCCUGCCGAUUUCAGCACUGAAGCAGAAUGGUCUACUGCAGACCCUGGCGGCUGGAGGGGACCAGCCUAAUCCUACAGAGGAAAAUGUGGAGUUGGAAAAGGCCAGAGAGGAGUGGGAGGCUCUGGAGAACGUUCAACCAGCUCUCACUGAGGACUCAAACCCAACCCCGCUCAUCUCCUUCAAUGAAGCCUUGCAGUACUUCCAGACCACAGACCUUGGGGACUUGCUUAAGAACAUCCAGCCAACCAUUCGCAGGACAGGUCUGGCCGCUAUCACUCACUUCCUCUUUGGACCUCCACGACUGCACCGGGAACUCCUGGAGGAGAGAGAUCUGGUUUUUGCCAUCGCACAAUGCCAUGUGGACAACAGCCAAACAGUCCAUAUGCGUGUCCUGCAGACCAUUUAUAAGAGACUGAUUGGCAGCAGGCUGGACUGCCCUCGCUAUGGGGCACACUGGGAAAACAUUGGCUUUCAGGGUGUAGACCCGGCCACUGACCUACGUGGCACCGGUUUCCUGGGACUGAUGCACACUUUGUACUUUGUGAUGGACCCAGAGACUCUGCCUCUCGCUCGAGACAUCUACAAGUUAUCACAGCACCCUACACAGAACUUUCCAUUUAGUGUGAUGUCAAUCAACAUGACCCGCAUUGCUCUACAAGUGCUCAGAGAGGAGGCCUUGUCCAAGGAGUGCAAUCGACGUCAGCAGGUGGUUGGUGUACUGAAUGAGUUCUACGUUGCCACGUAUCUGCACCUGUACCAACUGUGGAAGACCCAACAGAAGACCAUUGCUGACUCUGGCUUUGUACUAAAAGAAGUGGAGCUGUUUGCCAAAAAGAACCCCAAGCAGAUGCUACGCCGACUAGAGGUCUUCCUGAAAGAGAGGCAGGCAGUUGGAAUCCCCCGCGGGACAUCGUCAGACCCUCAGGCUCAACAGCCUUCUCCCAGCCUGGGGGAACGAGGGGCCAGAGCCACGGCGGGACAGGGAAGCAAGGGAAAGGAGAUGCACUUCACAGGAGUGUGUGAUCUACCACCAGACAUGGAGGGAGAGGCCAGACUCAUCUAAGCUUGACUGUGUGAGUGUGCGUGUGUGUGAGCAAUCCUUCGUGUGGGUAUAUCUAUUAGUGUAAUUGUGAGUGGCUUACUCAGAGAGCUAAGAGAACCCCACCAGACCCUGAUCUAGGCCCUGCUAUCUGAACCCUUUUCAAACACUUCCACUCUUUCCCUUGCUGCUGGGGUGUUGCACUUUGAUCAGAUUAUGCUUUUGGGGGGGGGGGGGUCUUUCUGAGUUAUAUUUGUUUUUUUAUAAUUUAUUUUUUUUAAACAGAGAACAGUUGAAUAUAAAGAGCUUAAAAUGGUCAGAAACACAAUGUGUCACAAAGAAAUCAACAAGAAAAUGAUAGUUUGCACUUUUCUGUGGAUUUUAGCCAAAUUCUUGUGGUGAAACUCAACCUGUCUAGAAUUCCCAAACAAGGAUCUCUCAGUCAGGUUAUGUUAGCAGUAAAGAGGCUGGGACAAGGCAACAAGCGACCUUUGUGAAAGUCGUGGCUGUCUGUCUUACUCCAAGAUACCGCUCCAUCACAUGAGCAUGCUAACUGCCCAUAAUCCAACAGAGAGCCGUGUUGUUUGCCGUAUUGUUGCGUGAUCUGUUAACUAAACUAAGAUAAAAAAUAUAUAUCAGGUUCAAGCCCUUCGAUAGAGUAAACAAAAGCAAGUUUUCUCAGCAUGAGUCGGGGAGCAGCAGGUAGCUAACCCAGAGAGGUUGCAGAAGCUUUUGUGCAGGUAACAGAAACUGCAGGUUUACGCUGUUCUCAAAAAUCUUACACAGUAGGCGUUGAAUGCAGCUUGCUUUGACGGUCUAAUCACUUUACAUUCUCUACCAGUGUGAAUGAGACAUACAUUAUAUGAAAGAUGUACAAGAAAGGAUGCUCAGUCCAGAUGUGUGGUGGUAUAGCCCGUUGUUGGUGUACUCCUUGUCUGUUGCUAGGGGCAUGAUAGACUAGGUCCAGAGCUCCCACUUAAUAUGGGGGAAUAUAUUUUAAAUAAUUUAAGAAAAAUAACUAUUCUUGUCCUUUCUGAAGGGACGGCUGUCGUAAUGUCACCAUUAUACAGCUCUACUUCAGAUUCUUUGUUAUGAAACUGAUGGCUGAGUGUCCGUGUGAAGGAUUUUUAACACAAAUUCCGCCAGGACAUCUGAAAGUCUUCUGACUAAAAUCUUGGUUAAAGCCAAGAAGACGCUUCAUGACAGUCAGUGUGCUUGGCUUGGUCCCAGCUGAAGUCAAAGGUCUGGUAUGAGCUUUCUCUACAUUCCGUUACAAAGCAUGUGAUUGUAAUUUUUUUGACCAGUUUAAAAAGAGUUUAUUUGUGCGUAUGAGUGUGUGUGUGUGUGUGGUGUCAGAUGGAUGAGCUGAUAUUGAUGAAGGGUGCCUCUCCCAGGAGAUGUAUGGUACAGUAUGCAAUCCCAGCUCUUACUCAAUGAUAAUCAAAACGAUAGUGCUGUGUGACGAUAAGAAUCGUUCCUAAAUUCAGGGUUUGUGUGCAAGUGUGUGUGUACGAUGUGUGUGUGUGUGUGUUGUAUGACAGGAACUGACUACAAAUGGGGUGCUUUCCGCUGCACACAAUAAGCCAGCUUUACUAAGUACUUGAUCCAUCAAGCUGCAAAGACGGUACUUUUUUCAUUUUUGAAAAUGGUACAUAGCAUUGCUGAAGAAAAAUUGUUAACACACUCACUGGUUUGCUUUAAAAAAAAAAAAAGUGUUUCUCUGGACACAGAUGGUGUCAGUGGCUCUGUGGCCUAGAAUGGGUCGAGCUCCUCUGCAAAGCUGGUCACUGCUGUGUGCUGACGUGAAAUCUCCUCCCAUCAUCGUAGUCUCAAUCUGUAGCAUGUUCAGGUAGCACUAGUACUGUAGCAUACUAUAGCCUCCUCCUCUUCGUAAAAAGCUUGUUGAUGUCAUGUCUCAGUUACAGUCUGUAGUGUCAGUGAGUGCGCAAACUGUUACUACUAUAGCACAUUCAUUUCAUAUUUUCAUCAAGCCUCCUCCAGUAGACACUUGUUUAGGGGGCACAGUGUAUGUUCUGCAGAGAUGUGGGAUAGGCCUGACCUUGUCUUCUAAGAAGGUGACGGUAAAAAACGGUGCCUACAUCCAGGGGAGGCAUGCGGGGUAGAAUGUUCGUCUGUCCUUUUGUGUUCUUUUUUUUUUUCUAUUUGAGCCAUCGUGCCACAGUAGACUUCCUCCAUUCAUGUAAUGCAGUUAACAGAGUUGUUGUGACCCCUUAAAACAUGCAGGCCUAAUGGAUAUAUACAUAAAAAACACAGGCAUGUAAAUUUUCAAUGUCAACAUCUACUCCGAUAAUCGUUCUUUGCCAUCUCCGACAUUUAACUUCGAAAACGAGCUGAUGUACUUUUGCCAAUUGUUUGCAAGUGUUUUGAUUGAUCAGGAAAAUUUGCACUGUUGUAGAUCUUUGAUAGUAUGUGUGACGUGUGCAAGAGAAAAUGGGCCAUCAUCAAUAGCCAUAAUGUUUGUUAUCGUCACCCGCCUCAUGGAACGAAUUUCCCUCCUUGCUCUAAAAAGUUGCACCACGGAUAUGAUCUUGCGUUUAGUUUUAUUAAAUUUUAAACUGAGGAGCAGUACAGUGUAUGUAAAUCAGGAAGUUUGUAUAUAGAGAAUUAAUGAUUGUAACUGUAUGAUUGUCUGUAGGGCAUUAUACUAAAACACAUUGCUUACCUCAAGACUUGAGACAAAUCUCUCCUUUCUCUCUCCUGACGUUUGUUUGGCCUCCCAGUCCGACACUUCUCUUUUUACGUUCCCUCCUACGCAGGCCUUCUCUCAUACCAAUUGGAUAUUUUAUAUAAUGUACAUUCAGCACCUGAAACACUACAUGAUAACAAACUAACACAAAAGCUGGUCAAUGUUACAUGUAUUCUAUUUAAAGACACAUUUAUAGACACUAUAUAGGCCCACACAUGCUCUAAUGCACACCUGCAGAUAUGAAAUCCUUUUUAAAAAUGACCUAUAAUUGGCUGAUGUUUACCAUGUUGAAAUAAGCGGAGUUCUCUUGUGGCUUCAGUGAUAGUAAAGUAUACUUUUGCUGUUUUUAAGUGUUGGGUGUGAGGAAAACACUGAUGAGCAAUUUGUCUUUACAGCUACAGUCACAAACAUACUUCAAUAUAUAAAUAGGCUUGAUUAGCAGUCAUAAUACUGUGUAUGCUUCGACCUUGGUAUAUAUUCAGUAUCCAAAACAAGGCCUGAUUUAUCCUCUCAUGUUACCAAAAAUUAUAUUUUCAGCAGUCGGAAUUACUCAUAUUAUUAUGCAUUGAUCAUCAUUUGGAAUCUCCUCAGUUGUGAAACCAGAACCAAGAGAAAGAAAAAAAUCAAACAAAAAAAUAUAUAUAUAAACGGGUUCUUGCAGGAUGUCGGAUGCUCUGAGAGGUGUGGUCUGAAGUUCUGCUUCCUACAGCAGCAACUCGGCAAAUACAAUCACUUAUCUCAAUAUCCUGUGCUUUAUAUGAAGGUGUUUUACUGUUGCCGUUGUCGUCAUGUCCCUCAGAGCAUUUUAUGACUGUACCUCGAUUGUAGAAGCCCUAUUUUAUACUGAGAGUUAUUUCAGAAUACAGUAUGUGCUGUUGUACAUUAAAUGUAUUGUAUGGAGAAAGCUAAAUAAAUGCUGUUA